AUGUCAUAUUUAAUGAAAGGAUUUAAACGUCACAGUUCUGUGAUGUGCAAAGUAGCAGGGAGCCUGUUUAGAGCACACACGUUAAAGAACACAUUCGGCAUCAAUGAACAACUCCAAAUUUCGCGCGCAUCAUCCCAGCUGAGCUCUGCAAAGACAGACUCUUACAGUUACAUCGUUGUGGGGGCUGGCUCCGCAGGCUGCGUGCUGGCCAACAGGCUGACGGAGGACCCGCACAGCUCCGUGCUGCUGUUGGAAGCCGGCCCCAAGGACACCGUGCUGGGCAGCACCAGGCUGAUGUGGAAGAUCCACAUGCCCGCUGCCCUGACGUACAACCUGUGCGAUGAGAGGUACAACUGGUACUACCACACCACCCCGCAGAGGCACCUGGACGGCCGGGUGAUGUACUGGCCCCGGGGCAGGGUGUGGGGCGGCUCCUCGUCCCUCAAUGCCAUGGUCUACAUCCGCGGGCACGCCGAGGAUUACAACCGCUGGCACAGGGAGGGCGCUCAGGGCUGGGACUACGAGCGCUGCCUGCCCUAUUUUAAGAAGGCACAGACGCACGAACUGGGCCCGGAUCGGUACAGGGGUGGGAAUGGCCCCCUGCACGUGUCGAGAGGGAAAACAAACCAUCCUCUCCAUCAGGCGUUCCUGGAGGCUGCCCAGCAAGCCGGGUACCCCUUCACGGAUGACAUGAACGGGUACCAGCAGGAAGGCUUUGGCUGGAUGGACAUGACUAUACACAAAGGUCAAAGAUGGAGCACAGCUAGUGCUUAUCUUCGCCCAGCCAUAUCACGCCCAAAUUUCUCAGUUGCAGAGAAGACACUUGUAACAAAAAUCUUGUUCCAAGGAACAAAAUGCAUUGGUAUUGAGUAUGUGAAAAAUGGGCAAAGGAAAAAGGUUUUUGCCAAUAAGGAAGUUAUUUUAAGUGGAGGUGCCAUAAAUUCUCCCCAGCUGCUUAUGUUAUCUGGAAUUGGAAAUGCAGAUGAUCUAAAAAAACUGGGGAUCCCUGUUGUUUGCCAUCUUCCUGGAGUAGGGCAGAACCUGCAAGAUCAUUUAGAAGUGUAUGUCCAGCAGAAGUGCACCAAACCUAUUACUCUGUACAGUGCACAAAAGCCACUGAACAUGGUGAGGAUUGGCCUCGAAUGGCUCUGGAAGUUCACAGGUGAGGGAGCCACUGCCCACCUGGAAUCUGGGGGUUUCAUCCGGAGCGAGCCUGGGGUGCCUCACCCCGACAUUCAGUUCCACUUUCUCCCUUCCCAGGUGAUUGACCACGGUCGGGUUGCUUCCACUAUGGAAGCUUACCAGGUCCACGUGGGACCCAUGAGGAGCACAAGUGUGGGCUGGCUGAAGCUGAAGAGCUCAGACCCAAAUGACCACCCCAUCAUUGAGCCCAACUACCUGUCUACAGAAAGAGAUAUUUGGGAAUUCCGCCAGUGUGUCAAGUUGACCAGAGAGAUCUUUGCUCAGAAAGCUUUUGAAAAAUUUCGCGGGCCUGAAAUUCAACCAGGAAAUCAUGUUCAGUCUGACAAAGACAUAGAUGCCUUCAUAAGGCAGAAGGCUGAUAGUGCUUAUCAUCCUUCCUGCACCUGUAAAAUGGGUCAGCCUUCAGACAGCACCGCUGUAGUGGAUCCCCAAACAAAAGUCAUUGGUGUUGAAAACUUGAGAGUAGUUGAUGCUUCAAUAAUGCCCAGUGUUGUCACUGGAAACUUGAAUGCCCCAACUAUCAUGAUAGCAGAGAAAGCUGCAGAUAUAAUUAAGGGCCUGCCAUCACUUCAGGAGAAGAAUGUUCCUGUAUAUAAGCCCAAGACCUUGGAAACACAGAGAUAA